CACUUGCACUCUUCACUCUCUUCCUGCAAUUGUCUGAAGGCUGAAUUUUGUUUUUGUCUCCCUCCCAACAGCAGUUAUUUGCUUGAAGUGUUGCAGCUUAUCUGUGUGCCCCAGAAGGGUGGGACCCAGAGAUCACAGGCUUUUUACAAUGAGCCAGAGCCAGCCUGCUGACUACAAGGAAAUUUGCUGAGCGUUUCAGCCAUGAGCGCCACAUGGGCUUUGCAAAAGGCAGUGAUUGCACCGGUGGGACUGGGCUGGGUCCGGAGCGGCCACUUCCACUGCCGGGAGACAAGUGAGCAUCACCUCACCCUGGGAAAUCGCCGCUGGUGACUCUGCUGUCCUGUGUUGUGAACGGCAGGAGGAUGCAGUGCUGCUCCUGGACGCUUGGGUCACAGACACCCAGUGCCCAGAGCUCCAGAGCUGGGAGUGAGCCUUGAGCCGAGCUCCGCUGGGAUGUGACCUGGGACUGCUCGCUUAAAGCCUUGUCACUCUGCACCUGGCCCCUCUGGGGCACAAUGUGCUGACCCACGUGUUUCAUCUGGUUACUGCAAAGCCUGUGGGAGUUCAGGCUCAUUCUCUUCAAGGCUCAGAGUACAAUUCCCGAGGCAGAGUAAAAGGAAGGCACCAAUUUGUCUGGUUUGAUUUUUUGCCCGGAGUGUUUGCGAUGGAUGAUGGAGCAGAGUCUCUGAUGACCGUGCAUCUCCUCACCCAUUUGGGACGCGCAAUCCCUCUGCAGCAGACUCUGGAUAGGCUUCUGGAGUGGCUCUGCCUGGACAUUCGCCUUUUCCUGGUGUCAGAGCGAGUUCCUCCGCUGAGAUACUACGAGAGAUACCGCAGGAGGAGCUGCAGCUUUCCUGGGAUCUCCAUCCUCCUUUUCCUGCUCGAGGACUUGGGAGAAGAGCGGAUCUUCCAGGUGCACGAGCAGUUCCAGCGCCCUCCCUGGCGCUGCCAGCGUGCCCAGUUUGCCAAUUCCCGCUGUGCCCCAUGCCAGCAGGAAUUCUACGGGCUGGAGGAGCAGCUGCCCGUGUGGGGCAUCAGGCGGGUGCGCCGCGGCCCCGAGAUCCUGCGCGUCACCCUGCACUGCAGCUUCGACAACUUCGAGGACGCGGUGAGGCUGUACGAGCUGAUCCUGCAGAGGGAAGGCAGCGUGCAGAAGGGCACCCAGUGUGUGUUUGUGCUGCACUCCGGCCCACACGCGGCCGUGCAGCUGUGCCUGAGGCAGCUGCCCAUCGGGGUGACGGCCGAGCCCCCCGAGUCGGCGGCCCUGCAGUUCAAGGUGCAGGAGAUCGGGCAGCUGGUGCCCCUGCUGCCCAACCCCUGCGUGCCCAUCAGCAGCUCCCGGUGGCAAACUCAGGACUAUGAAGGAAACACAAUUCUGCUCAAGGUUCAAAGCAGCUCCAGGACCCUCGAGACAAACAUCGGGCUUUCCCAGCAGCAUGACAACACAGGCAAUGGAAGAAUCCCGCAGGACUGUGUGCCAGUCGCUGUCAAACAGGGUGAUCCUGGGCGGAGGAGCCGGGAGGUCCGAGCUCCGAAGGGUAAACCCGAAUGUGCCCCAGUGGAAGCAUGCCUGGGCUCCGAGCGGGCGGGCAGUGCCCUGCAGAGGCCCCUGCGCUCUGCCCCCGGCGUGGCCGCCCCGCAGCAGGGCUGGGCAGCGCUGUGGCUGCGCGGGCGGGCGGGCCGGGCGCCGCGGGGAACCGAGACCGACGUGGACACCGGGCUGGCCGUGCGGGGCCCUGAGAGCGGCCGCUGGCCGCUGAGCCUGUUCCCCGGGGCCCUGCGGAGCAGCCUCCGGCCGCUGACAGACACCGGAGCCGGCACCGACAGUGCCCUGCCCGGCCCGGCGCUGCGAGCCCCGGCCCGGAGCGACGGAACCGCGCACGGAGCCCCGGCCCGGAGCGACAGAGCCCCGGGCUGCAAGGAUAGAGCCCCGCACGGAGCCCCGGGCUGCCCCCUGCCAGCACCGGCACCGCCAGCAGCCGACGAGGAGCAGGAAUUCUAUAUAUGACCGAAACCAAACGUGCCUGAUGGACUCGUGCUUGGCAAAGGACAGCGGAGCGCUUUGGGAUGUGCUGUGACUGCUGCUGCUCUGUCCUGUGACAUCCCACUAGGGGUCACUGAGGCAGACACUGAAUUUCCAUGAGGAAUGCUAAGGAGGCUGCAGGGAAAAAAUAACACUGUAUUUACAGAAAGCUGAUGUUUUGGUUUGGUUUUUAAUGCACAAUAGGUGAGGGGUAUGUUGUGUAAUGAAUAGGAAUAAGCCAUGUGACUCCUACAGCUGUUCUAAGAUGCUGAAAAUUAGACAGUGAUGUCUUCAGAUGGGUUUUGAAGGUGCAGCUUGGCUGAGCUGCCCAAGCAGUUGGAUGCCCCCAGCUGUGGGGACUCACCAUCCCUUGCUAGGACAAACUGGAACAAGCUCGUGGCGCAGUCACAGUGGUCAUGCUGGUUUUCCUUUGUUGGUAUUUAAAAUCUAUCAGUGUUGUCAGUUUUAUGCAAGAUUUGAAACAUAAGAAUAUUCUUUGAAAUAUUUCUAUUGAGAAAUAGAAAGCUUUUUCCCUGCUCAGCACAGUACAUGCAAAAACCACGCACUUGAAGAGAAGUGCCAGUAAAACCUGCUGCUGCCUAUUCAUUUGAUACUUAAAAUAAACACAGCAACAGGCCAGGCUUUGUUAAACCAGUGUGCAAUUAGCAGGCAAUCCUAGCUGGUUUUUAAUUAACAGAAGACAAGAGAAGUUGAGAGUCUUGGAGGGAAUUGCUAAAUCCUCAAGAGUAAAAAGGACGGUAGAAAUGAAGUCAUGAUUCAGCAUCAACAGAUGCUGAAAUAACUCCCAUCUUGAUCAGUUUGCUUUCCCAAGUAGGAUUAAAUAAAUCUCAGUGGGAAAGAGAUGGGAAGAAUAUUAAGGAGGAGUGAAAUUAUUCAAAGAGCCCCACCUGGGGAUACUUACCUCCAAACAGUACCACAAAGAGGUAUUUUCUCCCUUAAAUAUAUCUGAAUUCUGGAGGGGAUAUAGGAAGUUCCUGCUCUGGGCCCUUCCGGCUGGUUCUGCCCUGCCAAGUAAUUCUCAUGAACCCUUCAAUUUGGGGACCAAAACCUACAGAACAGGACAUUUCAUUCACUGGACACUUACAAACAUCCCCCAGGUUUUCACAAUUAUGGAUGGGAGAAUCAUGAACUGGGAAUCAAGGCAGAAGUGGGAUUCCUGGGAGAAACAGCUUUAAAGAGAGAUUUCAUGGCCUUCUCUCUACUCCCUAGUGCCCAAGAUACUUGACUGUGACUAUUUAGCAUAAUCUUAUUUUACCUAAAAGAAAGAGGCAGAAGGUCAGUAUCUAGCCUGGGGGAAAUGCUUCAUCAUUUGGAAAAGAAACGGGACAAGUUUCACCUUGCCUGUAACAGAUCAUGGAAAAGGGCCUGGAGUCAAAGGAAAAUGGCUCUGAAAAUACUGCUUUUAACAGUAGCAUGUAAAAUCUGUGUAUUUUAAGCACAGGAUGUAUCCAGUACAAAUUCUGUGUUACACAGACAGGUGUGCAGGGUGAGUUGGGUCAGAGGGCACAUUUCUCCAUGGAUGGACUCAGUAGUGGAAGGCAAAGAUUCCCAUUUUCCAGAGUGUUCAUAUCUCUGCAGCCUCUAUUUUAUACUUCCUUGCACACUGUGCCAUUUCUUACCGGAUUUAAAAAAGGUCUAAUAAGGAGCACGGCUUGGCAGGGUGUGCUGGAGGUCUGUGUCCCAAGCACCCUGAGAGGAGCUUCCUGAUAAGGAGCCAGAGAGAGAGGAGGCGUGGGGUGUGUGGGGCUGGCAGCGAGCUCAGCCAGGGCUGCCCAUCCCCUGUGCUGUCCCAGCAAAGCACACUGGGGAAAACAGCCUUGGUGGGAAACUGAGGAGGGAGUUCGACAAGCUAUGCUGAGAGGAACAUGGCAUCACAAUGUAGGGGCAUAGAAAAUAAGAAAUAAAGGUGGUAUAGGAUGUAAUCUUACCCCCUAAAGAGUUGCAGCUGAGCCAGUUAUUAAGGAUUGGGAGCAGGGCUGAUGUUAACAGGCUGCAGCUGUAGCCAAUAAAGAAGAGUGUUAUAAAAGAGUGGGUUGAUUGGUUGUGGGGAACUGGAGUCAGUGCCUUGAAGAGCUGCCUGCAGAAAACAUCAAGGAGGUAUGAAACUCUAGCAAUAUAGACCCCUUGCAAUGUAAUGACAAUAGAACUCUUGUGCUAUAAUGACAACAUCACAACACUGGAUGAAGGGAAAUGCAGUGGGAUUUUUACCUUUGGUGUGUUGAGCUCGGUAUAAGGGACUCGGGUGGGAAUGGCUGUGACCAUUGGGGUAAUGGUGCUGUGGGUGCUGAGCUGCUGAUUCCUUUGAUGGACAGUGAGGUGGGGCGGCAUUGAUUAACACCCUGUAACCGAGAUUCUAAUUUUGAGCUGUGUGCUUUUUGGGGGACAGCGGGAUCCUGCUUUGUUCCAUGCAGUGCCAUACCAGGAGUGGGAUAUGGGGACUCCUGUGAGCCAUGGGGUGACCCCAGAGGGGCACAGAUGCUGCCAUGUACCCACAGGGAUGGUG